ACACCGGCCUUUCCUGCGAGGGGAGAGGGGCUGAGCAGCCGGGCAGACGGUGCCUUCCUCCUCCUGCUCCUCUUCCUCCUCCUCCACCUCCUUCCUCUCGGCGCAAGCUGCCCCUUCGCCGGCUUCAAUGAAACUGGCAGCGAUGAUCAAGAAGAUGUGUCCCAGCGAGGCCGAGCUGAGCAUCCCCGCCAAGAACUGCUACCGCAUGGUCAUCCUGGGCUCCUCCAAGGUGGGCAAGACGGCCAUCGUCUCGCGCUUCCUCACCGGCCGCUUCGAGGAGCAAUACACCCCCACCAUCGAGGACUUCCACCGCAAGUUCUACAGCAUCCGCGGUGAGGUCUACCAGCUCGACAUCCUGGACACGUCGGGCAACCACCCCUUCCCAGCCAUGCGUCGCCUCUCCAUCCUCACAGGAGACGUGUUCAUCCUCGUCUUCAGCCUGGACAACCGGGACUCCUUCGAGGAGGUGCAGCGCCUGAAGCAGCAAAUCCUGGAGACCAAGUCGUGCCUGAAGAACAAAACCAAGGAGAACAUAGAGGUGCCCCUGGUCAUCUGCGGCAACAAGGGUGACCGGGACUUUUACCGGGAGGUGCAACCCCGGGAGAUCGAGCAGCUGGUAGGAGGGGACCCCAAAAAAUGUGCCUACUUCGAGAUCUCGGCCAAGAAGAACAGCAGCCUGGACCAGAUGUUCCAGGCUCUCUUCGCCAUGGCCAAGCUGCCCAGCGAGAUGAGCCCUGACCUGCACCGCAAGGUCUCGGUCCAGUACUGCGACAUCCUGCAUAAGAAGGCUCUGAAAGGCAAAAAGCUGCUGAAAGAAGGGGGUCGGGGCAGCACGGAGGAGGCGUACGGCAUCGUGGCCCCCUUCGCCCGGCGACCCAGCGUCCACAGCGACCUCAUGUACAUCCGGGAGAAAGCCAUCGGUGGUGGGCACAGCAAGGAGAAGGACCGCUGCGUGAUCAGCUAGGAGCCCCCGCUCGCCCCCAUCAUGGGAAGGAAGGAAGGAAGGAAGGAGGGAAGGGAGGGGGGAAAGAUGCUCGUUUCCAAACUGACUUUGGGCAGGCAGGAGGGUGGGCAGGCGCACACCCGGGCAGAGAGAGAAGAGAGGGUCGCCUCUUCCCCAGCCUCCCUCCUCCCGAGGCACCGUUUUCAUGGGCUCCCUCCCCCGGGGGUGCAUUUUGGGAGCGAGGGAUGCGAAGGGGGAGGCUCAGGAGAGGGGGGGGUGCCGCUGGGACCAGCCUCCUCUGGGCAGAGACAGGGAAAGGGUGAGCUGCUGGGCAGCCAGGUGAGCGUGGAGGGCAGGGACCUUGGUGUUUCUUUCCCUCCCAAACCACCCAGCCUCAGGCACUGCCCUCAGAAGGGAGCCUGGGGCUUCGGGGGUGGUUUUUUGUUAGUUUGUUUUCGGUUUUUUUUUAACUUAAGAAGCUGUGCACGGACUCUGGCUCAGUGUCGUGUGUUCAUCUGUGUCGGCAAAACACGUGCAGAAGACACUCCUAAGCUGUUGCAAAGACAUUGCAGAGUUACAGCCCCGAUGGACCAAAAAAAACCUGACUCUUGUUUACAUUUGUCUUGUCUGAUUUGCAAGAUUUGGGGAGGGUGGGGGGAAAUGGGAAGGGUUUUUUAAAUAAGAAAAUAAUAGGCACUUUAUGUAGGUAUUAGUUGUCAUUGAUAUGAACAAAAAAAAUCUUCAAGUGUUUCUACCGUGGGUGAAACUUGAUGUUUUAUUUUUUCUACAAAUUAAUAAAAUCUUUUUAAAAAUCA